AGCAGUUUUUCAAAAUCGACUUAUGUGUGAACCAAAUAAACUUUUAGAAGGUUUGCCAUUUUUACCUGGCAAUACGUUCAGGGACCCCACACAAAAUAAUUUCCAUUUGUCACACACUCUCAGUUUGAAAAACGGUUUUCAGUAUGCCAAACCUUAUCCAGAAGUUGGUAUUGGUGGUCGUCCUUUGAAAGUCAACCAGCUUACCGAGGAAGAAUUGGAUGAAUUGGCGAAUUUCCAACCUACCUUAACGUAUGGAAGGGCGAAACAAGCACCUCCGUCUGCGUUCGUACCGGCUCAUGUAGCACUACACAAUAAAGUUCUUCGAUUUUAUGGAUACUUCAAAGAGACGGUUAAUGAAUCUCCAGCUGAGCACUACAGGGUCAGACUAGUACAGAUAUUCUAUUUUCUGGAGGAUGACAGUAUGUCAGUAAUGGAGCCACCUCAAAAUAAUAGCGGCAUACCACAAGGUAAACUUGUUCGCAGACACAGAAUCCCAAAGAAUGAUGUCGGUGACUGUUACAAUUGGCGCGAUCUUAAUUUGGGUAUAAGUCUACCCAUAUAUGGUCGAGUUUAUCGCAUAACAAACUGUGAUAAGUUUACGAAGGAUUUCUUAGAAAGUGAAGGUGUUAUAGUCAAUCAACCAGAACCUGAACCAAUUGAUCCAUAUUUAGCUGAAAGAGCAAAACGUGAGGCAAUAGCUGUCGGCAAAACACCUUCGUCAUUUGAUAAACGACGACAGUAUCUUGAACUGGAUCGUAAAGUCCUACGAUUUUUCGCUGUACAAGAUGAACGACAUGAAAUGUUUGGUGACUGUCGUAAAUUUAUUAUACAUUAUUAUUUAGCUGAUGAUACAUUGGAGAUACGUGAAGUUCAUACACUGAAUGAUGGUCGUGAUCCCUUCCCAUUAUUGUUAAGACGCGAAAGAAUUCCAAAGAGUCGAGAUGAUAUACCUCCAUACUUUCCAAGUAUAAGUAUGGAGAUAACAGAAAAUGAAGUUAAAGAAUAUUUUUCACCGAGAGAUUUUCGUAUUGGCCAGUCAGUGAAUAUACUUGGAAGAAAAUAUUUAAUCUAUGACUGUGAUAACUUUACAAAAGCCUGGUAUCAUAAUAAUUUUGGACUGACAGAUUUUACUCCAUUAGAUGUAGAAAUUAAACAACCAGAAGUACCGAAAAAAGAAAUUCCACCAUAUACCGGAUAUGGUACAAUUGAAGAUAGUUUGUCUUCAACAAAAUCGUUUAUACUAAAACCCCCAAAAGCUGAUUUUGCUAAACAAGUCGAUUAUGCACAAAAAGUUUUAAGAUAUGAAGCCCGCUUAGAUAGUGUUCGACCAGAAGAUGCAUCUAGACGAUUUAUUCUAUCAUACUGGUUAGCUGAUGAUAUGAUAUCAAUUUUUGAAACUCCUAUAAGAAAUUCUGGUUUCAUUGGUGGAACAUUUCUUAAAAAAGCAAGAGUUGCUAAACCUGGUAGUACAAUCGACAAUCCAGUGUACUAUGGUCCAGCAGAUUUUUCUUUAGGUUCAAAAAUUGACGUGUUCGGUACACGUUUCAUUAUAACAGAUGCUGAUGAAUAUGUUGUUAAAUUUCUUGAAGCAAAUCGUGAUCAAUUUCCUGAUGAAUUGAUCACUUGCUUGAGAGCACGUUUAACAGAAAAAGAAAUUCAAGAGAAGGCAAAACAACAAAUGAAAUCUAAAAUGAGUAAAGGAUGUAAUCUUGAAUUUAGACGAGAAGAAGGUGAUAUAAAUGACGUGAUGAAUGAAGUAAGAACACAGCUGAAGAAAAUGGCAAUUACAGAUAAAUGCAGAAUUGAUGAUAUGUUUCUUGCUUAUGAUAAAGAUCGACUUGGUUUUAUUGAUAUUGAAAAUCUAAAGGAUAUGUGUAAAAAGAUAAAUAUUCCACCGGAUGAAGAUAUCCUGCAUGCUCUGCUUGAAAAAUAUGGCACGAAUGGAAGAAUGUCAUUAGAAGAGUUUGGAAAGUUUUUUGAACUACCAUAAUAGAAUUCGGUUAGAGAAUAACUAACUAUCUUAUACUUUGAAAAAAGAUAGAUACUACUAUCCCUGCUUGUCUGUUUACCAUUUUUAGAUGAAAUGAAAAGAACAGAAAAAAAACAAAACAACUUUUAGUGACUAUUCUAUGUAUUAUUUCUGUCUAAUUUGAU